CCAGGCGGUACAAGCUUGUCCAGGCGCGGCCGGCUCCGGUGCGUGCUGCAUAAUAGUAAAAAAUCUUCCGCGAUAUAUAACAACAAAACAACAACAAGAACAACAGGAAAAAUGUCGUCGGCAUUAGAGCUGCUCGAUGGCAGAGAAAGCAAAUCAAUCCGUCGAAAGUAAGAGGAUGGCGUCUUGCGGAGAUGAGCGCCCCCGACCGUGAAGCCCUGCGCAGCCAAGUGACACCCGUGCGGAGGGGGUGGGGAGCAAGAGGAGUGGUGACGAGGGGGCGGGGGAGUACAAAAGGGCCUUCCAUCCCGAGCACAAGACUUUCUUCCUCAGGCGGCCGCUAUGACCGCGCCAACACCGAGGUCCGCGCCUCCAGGAUGCGAGCUCCGAAAAAUCUGGCUCUGACCAUCCUGAGGCUGCGCGGCCCCGUACAACUGCUGCUGGGUCUGCUGUCCGCGCUUAUCCUGGGCGUGAGGACGCAUGGACGGACCUUUCACGCGCUGCUGCGGACACCCGGGCGCCAGGCCAUGGGCCCGGCCCAGCUCGUGCUCCCGCACUCCGCCACGCUGCACACGCACCUGGGGCACGCGCUGACGGGGUCCUUGGCCGGGCCCCUGACGCCGGGCUUGGGCGCGCCGCUGGCCGCCGGCCCCGGCGCCGUCGAGGUGCCCGGCGUCGUGCACCACCACCACCACCACGUCGUGGUGCUCCAGGGCGGCGGCUACCCGGGCGACACGCCGCCCUCCAAGGAGGCCAUGGCCGCGCUGCUGCAGCUGCCCCGCACCAUCCUGGGCCACCAGCACCACCACCCGGACACGGCCAUGGCGCGGUCGCACACGGUGAACCCGCCGCGGGUGUACCAGUCCGUGUCCACCAUCGGCGCCGGGGUCACGCACCAGUACCACUUCCACAGCGCGCAGGACCUGGCGGCGGCGGCGGCGGCCGCCAGCGAGCCUGCCUUGCCGCCGCCCCCACCCGCGCCGCUACCUCCGGCGCUGCCCCCCGCACCCGUGCUGCCGGCCCCCACGGCCGCCCCCGCACCGACGCCGUUCCCUCAACACGACCCGGACGCAGAGUGGUACGCUCGCCAGCAGGCCUCCCGAGUGCUGGCGCUGCUGGGCAAGCUCCGCGACCUCGGCAUCCACGUCGACGAGGUGGACGACGACCCCUCCGCUACAGGAAUGGUCGCGCCGCCCCUGGCUCAGCAGCGACCCGCCAAACUCGCCGCGCCGACGACCACCCCCGCCCCCGCGCCGCCCCCGGCCGCGCACACCCCGCACCCCGACAAGCAGGUGGAGCAGGUGCCCCUCCUCAUCCCACACGUCGUGGAGGACACGGGCGCCCACGUCGGCGUGCAGGUGGACGUGGACGAGGAUGACGAGGUCAUGAAGAAGGAGCUCGUCAAGUACCUCAUCAAGGUGCAGAAGAAGCACAAGGAGCUGACAAACCUGGACCACGCCGGGGACGACGGCGACCUGGACGGCUUCUCUGGCUGGAAGAGCCGCUCGGACGAGGGCGGCGAGGACAACGAUGUGGUGGCGGGCGGCGACCUGGACAUCGACACUGAUGACCCGGCGAGGUCCGUCCUGGACGAGGUGGUCACUCUCGCGGCCGAGCUGGGCGUCAACAGGCCGGAAGUAUCGGCAGACUACUAGUUAUGUUUCUUAGUGCCUUCCCAAUAAACAGUUUUUUGUACAUACA